CAAAGGCAAAAAUCCAAAACCCUAAUUACCCGCCCCGCACCCAUUCUCCUUCUUCCUCUUCUCUCCGAAAUGGUUUCUGCAGCCUCUCCAAGAAUACCUACCGAGACGGUGAAGAACGCCGUGGAGGCUCUCCUGAAGUGGCGAGAUUCCAAUUCCGAGUCUCACAAACCCAAACUCUUCGACGCCGACGAAGAAUUCGUUUACUUAGUCGUCACUCUGAAAACCAUCCCUCACAAAUCCCGCGUUAACCCUUACAAGGUCCCUUUACCCCACUCUCUCCUCUCUCCCUUCAACGAAACUUGCCUCAUCAUUGACGACAGGUCCAAAUCCAAACCCACUAAACAAGAAGCUCAAAAGAAGAUCAAGGCCGAUAACGUCGCCGUUUCCAAGGUCCUCAGGUUGUCGAAGCUGACCUCUGAUUACCGCCCUUUUGAGGCGAAGCGGAAGCUCUGUGAUUCAUAUGAUCUUUUUUUCGCUGAUAAGAGAGUGGUGCCUUUGAUGCCCAGGCUGUUGGGGAAGAAAUUCUUUAAGAAGAAGAAGGUGCCGGUGCAGGUGGACUUGACUAAGAAGAAUUGGAAGGAGCAGGUGGAUAAGGCGUGUUCGUCGGCGCUUCUGUUUCUUGGAACGGGGACUUGUUGUGUUGUGAAGGUUGCCAAGGUUUCCAUGGAGAGCGAGCAGAUUGUUGAGAAUAUGAUGGCUGCCAUUGAGGGGGUUGUUGAGGUUGUGCCGAAGAAGUGGGCGAAUGUGAGGUCCUUGCAUGUUAAGCUUUACGAGUCGCUGGCGCUGCCUGUUUUCCAGGCUGUUCCGGAGGUGAAGUUGAGGAUUGAGGGAAGUAAGGUUGAGGAGGCGGAGAAAGAGAAGCAGACGAUGAAGGAGGAGGAAGAGGGCGAAGACAAUAGUGGCGCGAAGGCGGUGAAGAAGAAGAAGAAGAAGAAGGGGAGGAUUCAUGAAGUUAGAUACAUGGAUAGCGAAGUUGGUGAGGAUAAUGUUGAAGAUGCGGCAGGUAGUGAGGAUGAUGGUGGUGGUGUUGUUAUGGAGGAAGAUUUAAAGGAUGCUGGAAAAGGUAGUGGAGAAUUUGCGAAUAAGAAGAGGAAGAAAGGGGCAUUGAGUGAGUUGAGCAGUGUCAAAGAAUUGAAAAAAUCUGUUAAGAGAAGUGGUAAACAGGAUAAAUCUGCGAAAGUGAUGAAGGAAAAUUCCAUCAAGAAGAGUCAGAAUAGUGAAUUAUCUGUUGAGGAUGGAGAUUCAGGAAAGAAGGGGAAGAAUAUCAAGAAGAAACUAUCUCAAUUGAAGUCAGAAGAAGCUGAUUUGAAAAAGAAAGUGAGGGCCAAGAAAAGUAAGAAGGCUGCUUAAGGUUAUUGUUAGGAUUUACUGUUAGAUUUCACUGCUUGAUUUAACUCUUGGUGGCUGCCAUGUGUUGUUUUCAUUUGUUGAGUCCUCUGGCAGAUUUUGUAUCAAGCAUAAUUUGUUUUGUUAUUCUUUUUGCGUUCUGUUUUGAUCA